UCCCUCCCUUUCUCCUCUUUGCUUGCUUGCUCUCUCUGCAAAUGGCAACACAGAGCACACAACUGCUCGUCUCUGUCUCUCUUCCCUCACCAACGUCGAUACCAAUGAAAAUGAAACCAUAAAAUAUGCUAGAGAAAUUAAAAUAAAUAAAUAAAAUCCUCAGUUUCUUCCCCUUCUCCUGCCCCUCCCCAAACUCCAAAAGCUGCAGGCCACGGGCGGCCAAAAAGCAUAUGCCCGCACAGUCCCUUUCCACUGACUGUCUUUUUCUUGUUCAGUUCCUUGGUUUCUUCGACGAUGGAGCAAUACUCCGCAUUGAGAUUGGAGACCUGAGGCAUUGGCCCCGACUACCCAAGCUCACCAGGGAGAAGCGGUCUCAUGGGGUGCGUUCAGGGUAGGCCCGAAUCCAUGAACUCACCGCCAAAGGGGUUAGACAAGCUAAAGCAAGAGAACGGCUACAUCACUAGGCGUGGCUCCGGAAACAUGGACCCCCGGAGAUCUACUGGCCAGAGGCACCUCCAGGAGGGCCCCACUGGAAGGCGGCAGCCGCUGAUCCCUAGGGGCAAAGGAGGUGGUGGUGGCAGUGGCGGCGGCGGCGGAGGAAGGUUUGGUGGAGCAGAGGUGGAGAGAGCUGGCAAUGGGAGCAGUGGCGAUGUUUUUGGGUUGGGUCGGGGAGAAGAGGAGACCGUCGAUGGGUGGCCGAAGUGGCUUGUCAAUAACGUUCCGAGGCAUGUCCUCAAAGGGUUGGUCCCUAAGAGUGCAGAUUCCUACGAUAAGAUCGACAAGGUAGGCCAGGGGACUUACAGCAACGUGUACAAGGCUCGUGAUCGAGAAACCGGGAAGCUCGUCGCCCUUAAGAAGGUCCGAUUUGACACAUCUGAGCCUGAGAGCAUCAAAUUCAUGGCGCGGGAGAUUAUGAUUCUGAGGGAGUUGGAUCACCCAAAUGUAGUAAAGCUCGAAGGUUUGGCGACUUCGAGAAUGCAGUACAGCCUGUACCUAGUUUUUGAAUACAUGGUGUCGGAUCUCCAGAGGAUCAUUACACGCCCCGAUGAACGAUUGACUGAACCUCAGAUCAAGCGGUACAUGCAUCAGUUGUUAUCCGGAUUGCAGCAUUGCCAUGAAAAAGGAAUAUUACAUAGGGACAUAAAGGGAUCCAACCUUCUGAUAGAUAAGACUGGGACGCUGAAGAUUGGAGAUUUCGGGCUUGCAAACUAUUAUAAACCUAGAGAAAGGCGGCCUCUCACGAACAGAGUGGUCACCCUGUGGUACAGAGCGCCCGAGCUGUUGCUAGGCGCUACCGAUUAUGGAGCUGGCAUUGAUCUCUGGAGCGCCGGUUGCCUCCUCGCAGAAAUGUUGGCUGGGAGGCCUAUUUUGCCGGGUAGGACAGAGGUUGAGCAAAUUCACCGGAUCUUUAAGCUCUGCGGGACGCCACCCGAGGACUAUUGGAAGAAAAUGAAGCUCCCUACGACCUUCCGACCCCGGCAGACAUACAAGUCAAGUAUUGUGGUGUCCUUCAGUGAUUUUCCCAAUACGUCCAUCGCUCUUCUGAACUCUCUUCUUGCGUUAGAUCCUGCCGCCCGUGGCAGUGCCUCAUCAGCUCUCGAGCACGAAUACUUUCAUACGAGGCCAUUACCAUGUGAUCCUUCUGAGCUGCCCAUCGUCCACCAACCAGAGGAUGAAUUAGCUUUCCUUAACGAGCAGAAGAUGCGUCGCCGCUUAAAAGCAAAACGCCGGGCUCGGUUACAACGAGAGCGCAAGAAGAAAGAUCUCGAGACGGAAAAACCAACUGCAGACAAUGAACCGAAGCAAAAGCAGGAGGAAGAGCCAGCACAGAAAGUAGAACAAACACAAGAACCCGGAAGCAGCAUGAGUAGUAACAUAUCAGGUCUAAAGCCGAAUCAACCCGUACUAAUCGCGCCGCCUUUUAUACCAUCUCCGGAUGUGCCUGUUAACAAGACUGUGUACCCAUCUGGCGGAUCACCUAGUGGCAGUAGAAAGAAUAAUCUACCCCUGCCGCCCUCCAUUUCCAGUUCCACUCGGUACAUCAGAGAGAAGGAUGCCAUGUACAGAUUAAACCAGGUCAACAGGUCCGCUUCCACGAGAGAGUUUCGGAGACCAAAUCAAAGGAAACAUUUAGAGCGAUACGCCCUCGAGGACUAGGAAUCAUGAGGUCUCGUUCGCAGUUUUCUUAGUGAUGUUGGAUUAUACUUGUCUCGCUACCGGAUUCUACGCUUUCCUCAUCUGCUGUCGGGUUCUCCCGACCAAAUCAUUCCCGUAAAUAAUACACAAUUCCCUAUUGUUUUCACUUGUACCAUGAAUGAAAAGAUCAUCAAAGUAUUGUUUCUUUUGUAUUUAGCAUGUCAAUCCAAAGAUUCCAACCUAUACUGAGUCUAAAAAGAUUCUUUCAGACAGCGCAAGCCAUAGCCAUUGAUUGAUGCGAGUUGAAUGUAAAACCAACUUCAUCAGCCUGGAAGAUGAUU